AUGCCGCUCCCCAUCACCACCCUCCGCCGGGGCCCAUCCACAUACACCCUCCGUCCCGGCCUCUUCGCCGACGUCCCCUCCUUUGCGCACGUCUACUACGACUCCUUCUCCGACACCCGCCCCGGCGCCUCCACCGACAACCUCAUGGACAUUCUCUUUGGCGACUUCCGCAGCCACCCGCGCGACACCCGCGCCGUGCUCGCCGCCAUGCUCGCCCCGCGCCUCUGGAGCCUGCAGUACCGCAUGAGCGCCCUCGUCGACGACGCCACCGGCCAGGUCGUCGGCUUCGUCUGCGUCAAGCGUCCCGCUACCGAAAUCUCCUUUUACGAGCGCUGGCUCUCCCCCCAAACAUGGCUGCAUAGGUUGUAUACCGUCAUGCACAGCAUCGCCAGCUUUGUCCGUCCUCCUGGCGCCGCGCUCGACACCACGCAGGCCGCGUCGUUUACGCGUGCCUUUGUCGAUCUCGAGCCGCAGGUGCGCUGCUCCCCGCGCCGCCGCGCCGCGUGGUACCUCUCCAUCGUCGCCGUCCUGCCGGGCCAUCAGGGCCGCGGCCUCGGCGGCGCGAUGCUGCGCGCGGCGCUGGACCACAUCGACGCCGUGGGCGCGCGGCAGCCGCUGCAGACGCCAAACGAUGCCGGUUCCCACGAGACAGAGGCGGCGGCGGCGGCGGCGAAGGGAGAGGAGGUGGACAUAGGGGGACCGGCGGUGUGGCUGACGGCGAGAAAGGGCACCGAGGGCCUGUAUCGAAGGUUUGGGUUCGUCAAGGUCAUGGACUCGAACAAGGGCCCGCUGAGCGCGUGGAACGGAGGGGCCGUCAUGUUCAGGGGCCUCAGGGGCGUGGUGGACUUGUCUUGA